UACACUUCGCUAGACAACACAAUUCAACAGCGCACGUAGGCCUGUUUCUUAAAUAGUCGCCACAAAUGAGAUUACGUACAAUCUGAAGAUAUGCAACAUAUAUAGCGCCACUGUGUUGCACAAAAAGUUAAAGCGACAUGGACUAGGUCUUAUUUAAUUAUUAAUGUUUUAUUUGCUUUCGUUUUGGCGAUCAUCGGAGUGCUGGGAUUCGUGGGCACUGCACCUGGCUACCGUUACGUGAUCUGUCAGCUUUACCUUUGUGACAGAAAGCUCGACAACUAAAGAACCCGGAAGGGGUAAACGUUUCGUGGUGCUGUGUUGCUCCCUCUAAGACAGUUCUCAGAACAGCAGUUUUCGGUUAAAAAAGAGAAUCUGUUGAAAAGAUGGCCCUGCUGUAUACACUUGCUGGAUGGGCUGGCCUGGCGCUGUACGGUAUAUCGAUUGUGUUCGUGCUUGCAUUUGUAGUUUACUGUCUCUACAUAAAAUAUAUUCAUAUGAAGUAUGAUCAUAUACCCGGACCUCCGAGAGACAGUUUUCUGUUCGGACAUUCAGCCUCGAUCCUGAGAGAGAUGCGGGAAGACCGAGUCGUGCACGACAAAUUUUUGGAAUGGGCUGAAAAAUAUGGACCUGUCUGUCGGCUCAACUCACUGCAUUUUGUUGUGUUACUCAUCACAUGUCCAGAGGCCACAAAAGAGUUCCUGAUGUCUCCGAAGUACCCCAAGGAUCCUUUAGUCUACAAACGCCUUUUUUACAUGUUUGGGACAAGGUUUCUGGGGAGCGGCCUGGUGACGGACGCAGACCAUGACCAUUGGUACAGACAGCGCCGCAUCAUGGACCCCGCCUUCAGCAACUCGUACCUGCGCGGGCUGGUGGGCACUUUCAAUGACAGAGCAGAUCGCCUGAUGGAGAAGCUGGAGGAGAAGGCGGAGAGCAAGGAGCUUGCGGAACUGCAUCAUCUGGUCAACUGCGUCACCCUCGAUGUCAUCGCUAAGGUGGCUUUUGGGAUGGAUUUAGAUUUGUUGAACCAAACUGAGUCACCCUUUAUCAACGCCAUAACCCUGUGUUUGAAGGGGAUGGUUGAGUACCUCAGAAAUCCAUUCAUGGAGCUGUUUCCCUGGAACUGGGACUUCAGGAAGGAAGUAAAGAAGGCCGUGGAGCUGCUGCGAAAGACCGGGGCGGAAUGCAUCGCGGAGCGGAAGAGGACGAUCACUCAGGGGGAGGAUGUGCCCAAGGACAUCCUCACCAAGAUCCUCCAAUGCGCCGAAGAGGAGAAGGACGAUGACCAUGAGCAGAUGCUGGACAACUUUGUGACAUUUUUCAUCGCCGGACAAGAGACAACAGCCAAUCAGAUUGCAUUUACUUUAAUGGAACUGGGGAGGCAUCCAGAAAUACUAGCUAAGUUGAGGAAGGAGGUAGACGAAGUCAUUGGGUCGAAGCAGGAGAUUGAGUAUGAAGAUCUUGGGAAGCUGACCUACUUAUCUCAGGUCUUAAAGGAGUCCCUCAGACUCUAUCCCCCAGCUCCUGGUACAUCUCGCUGGCUCAGUGAAGACAUGGUCAUCGAUGGGAUACAUGUCCCGGGUGGUGUGGCAGUUUUUGUCAGCUCUUAUGUCACUGGAAGGAUGGAAAGAUUUUUCAAAGAUCCUCUGAAGUUUGACCCUGAUAGAUUCCACCCCGAUGCUGAGAAGCCAUAUUUCAGCUACUACCCCUUUGCCCUGGGCCCACGGUCCUGUCUGGGAAAGACUUUCUCACAGAUGGAGGCAAAGAUUGUGGUGGCUAAAAUACUGCAGAGGUUUGAGUUCCAGCUGAUGCCGGGACAGUUGUUUGAUGUCCAGGACAUGGGAACCCUCAGGCCCCGGGGAGGCGUGGUCUGCACUGUGAGAGCUCGCUGCCAGAGUUAUGACUGAUAGCCUCCCCCAGCGGGAGACAAUGUUUGCAUACAUAUAAACCAGUUUAACGUUACCUUGCUCAAUACAAUAGCCUUCUUAAUGACACAUUUUUUUCCUAAACCACUUUUGGCUUCAGUAUUAAUUGGACCAAUUUAAUAUCACCAGUACGCUUC